CACGGUGAAGCGCCCCCUUUGCCUUUGUUCUUCUUCCUAUUCACUCGUACCUGCCUCACCUCUGUCUGGGUCUAGUGAGACCCGACCGGCACGUUCCCUUGAUCCUGAGUUCCGAAACCACAAAAUGCGUAUUACACUUUCCAUCACCAACUCGGAGCCCCAGAGCGAUGAGCAGGACCUCCUCUCGCUCGAGGUCUACCCGGAGAUGACAAUAGAGACGCUACGCAGCUCCAUACAAGCCGAAACAACACACCACCCUAGCGCUCAGCACCUCUACCACAAUGGUCAGCUCCUAACCGACAACUCCAAGACUCUGGCGGAGCUAGGUGUGACGGACGGUGACAUGCUCGCGCUCCAUGUCCGCGACAUGCGGGGCAACACGGCCGUUCCGGCGGCAGGGAGGCAGCAGGCCGCCCAAGGCGGGCCACGUAGCGCCCAGCGACCGCCCGCCGAACAAGACCCAGAAGUGAUCCGGCUGCAGAUUCUCGGCGAUCCGAACCUCCGGGGCGAGCUGGCCCGGUCGAGGCCGGACCUGGUGGCUUCGCUCGAAGACCCGCAGGCGUUCGCGCGUCUGUUUGCGGACAGCCUCAACAGGGAGCGGAGGGAGCGUGAAGAACGCCAUCGCCAGAUCCAGAUGCUCAAUGCCGACCCGUUUGACCCGGAAGCGCAGGCCAAGAUAUUGGAGAUCAUCCGCCAGGAUCAGGUCAUGGAGAACCUGCAGAACGCUAUGGAGCACAAUCCCGAAGGCGCUGGUGGACUCGGGCGCGCAAGCAACCAUCAUGAGCCCGCAGUGCGCCGAGGCCUGCGGCAUCAUGCGCCUGGUCGACAGGCGCUUCGCCGGUGUCGCACGGGGUGUCGGCACCGCCAACAUCAUCGGCCGCGUGCACUCGGCGCAGAUGAAGAUUGGCCCGCUCUUCCUGCCGUGCAGCUUCACGGUCAUGGAGGGCAAGCAGGUGGAGUUGCUCCUGGGCCUCGACAUGCUGAAGCGCCAUCAAGCCUGCAUCGAUCUCGCCAAAGACAAGCUGGUCAUCCAGGGCAUCGAGGUGCCAUUCCUUGGUCCGGCCGACAUUCCGAAGGACAGCGAAGCCGCGAUUCAGGAGGAGCCGACCGUGCCAGGUCCCGCCGGGACCACCAUCGGACAGCGCUCCGGCGCAGUGCAUGCACCGGGAGUGGCACCAGCGCAACCCCCUCAGGCCCGAGCCGGCCCAAGCACGCAGCAGAGGGCUCCAGCUCCGCCAGGACCGAAUUUCCCAAGAGAACACAUCGAACAGCUCAUGGCGCUCGGGGCAUCCGAGCAGAGAGCAAUCCAGGCACUUGAGGCAACUGGCGGGAAUGUCGAGUAUGCUGCCAGCUUGAUCUUCCAGGAUUGAUCGGCGGACACUUUUGCUUUCCCAGAGUGGUUUGGGACAAUGUUUAACGGGUUGCGAUUUUUGGGCGGAAAGGGGGAUAUAAAGGGUUCUAGGCGCAAAAAGAGGCUUCUGCAUGGCAUGCUGGACCAUAUGUCAAACAAACAAACUUGGCUGUUGC